UCUUUUUACCAAUAUAGCAGACGACAAGAUAGCAGACGUCGACAAUAACCAAUUCGUCCGCAAUGGGUCUGGGUUCGAAUUCGAAGUCGAUGUGAGGAUUAGGGCUCUGAGGCAUUGAUUUUCAGGUCAGACAUUAAGUGGUUCUGGUAAAAGCUUUUCCAGGUUAGUUGCUUUCCAAAAUAACUUCAUUCGCGACUUCGUUCAAAUCUUCUCUGAUGGGAAGGCCAUCGUCCACCAUCCAUAUCCCCGAUAAACGACACCGUUCCGAGCACGAGAACGGCCGUUACCCGCCUCACUCCGAAUCCUCCGGCGACAACCGCUACCAGCGUCGCAGCCCCAGCUAUGAAAGUUACGACCGUUACAACAAUAACCGCAACCCCCACAGAAACCGCUCCGUCUCGCCCGAUCGCCCAAACCCUAGACGAAGCCCUAGGACCAAUCGAGACCCAGGCUCUUUGGCCCAGCGUCGCAGCCCCAGCUACGAACGGUACAACAAUCACCGCGACAGAAACCUAUCCGGCUCGCCCGAUUACCCAAACCCUAGAAGAAGCCCUACGGCUAAUGGAGGCCCAGACUCGUUGCCCAACAAAUUCGGGCGGGGAGGCAACCGGAUGGAUCGGAAUGGAAGGCGAUCGGAGUCGGAGGAGUCCGACGAGGAGCUGAAGGGGUUGAGCUUCGAGGAGUACAGAAGGCUCAAGAGGCAGAAGUUGAGGAAGACGUUGAAGUAUUGUAUUUGGAAUGUGACGCCCAGUCCUCCUAGGGUUGAGAACGAUGAAUUUGAAUUGGAGGACAAGGCUGAUGAGAUUUCUGAGCGGUAUGGCGAGGAGGAAAAGAGUGAAUCGGGCGAGAAAAAGAAAGAGAAGGCAAAGUCUGAAUCUGAGUCCGAAUCGGAGGACUUGAGGUCGAGGAAGAGGAAGAAGGGUUCGAGUUCUAAGCGUAGGGGCAGAAAUUCGAAGUAUAGUGAUAGCGAAUCGGAGAGCGAGAGCGAGAGCGAGAGCGAGAGCGAGAGCGAUGACGAAUCCGAAUCCGAGGAAGAAGAUGAUCGCAGACAGAGAAAGAAGUCAAGAAAGAGGAGUAAGAGGAGCAAGAGCAGAAGAGAAAGGAGAAGAAGAAGAAAAAGUAGGCGUAGCAGUAGCGAUUCUGAUGAGAGUGAAAAAAGUGAAAGUGAGGGUUCAGAUUCUGAAUCAGAGGAUCGCUUGAGGUCGAAGAAGAAGGGAAAGUUGCGCAGUCGGAGUAAGACAAAGAAAGAAUCCGGAAUAGAUGGGGAGAGUUCUGAUUCGGAGAAGGGUUUGGAUUCUGAGGUUGAUGCCAAGCCUGUUACUAUGGUGGAAGAGGAGGUGAUAAAGGAUGAGAGUAAUGUGGAGGCAUUGAAGCUGAAAGAGAUUUUUGAGGCCCAAAAGAAGCCUGCACUGGAUAAUGAGCCGGUGGUUGGGCCAAUGCCAUUGCCUAGAGCUGAAGGGCAUAUUAGUUAUGGUGGGGCGCUUAGGCCCGGAGAAGGUGAUGCCAUUGCACAAUAUGUUCAGCAAGGGAAGCGUAUUCCACGAAGAGGAGAAGUGGGUCUUUCAGCAGAUGAGAUUCAGAAGUUUGAGAGUCUUGGGUAUGUGAUGAGUGGUAGUAGGCACCAGAGGAUGAAUGCCAUUCGUAUUAGGAAAGAAAACCAAGUUUAUAGUGCUGAGGACAAGCGGGCUUUGGCCAUGUUCAACUAUGAAGAGAAAUCAAAGCGCGAGCACAAGGUUAUGGCGGAUUUGCAGCGGUUGGUUCAGCGCCAUAUUGGGCAGGAUGUUGGUCCUACUCACGACCCUUUUUCUGGCAAGGCCUCAGAGAGUGCUGAUACUUAGUUUCAUGUUUGCUUUUGUCUAAGUUGUUGUUGCUCUUUUUUAUUUCCUUCCAUUAACCAUGUAUCAUAUGUGUUACUGGUUUAUUUUGAGCUGUAUUGAAACUGGAUACUUUGGUUUGUCAA